AUGGCGCUUGGGAAAGAGCAUAUAAGGGUUGAUAAAGUCCCGGAUGGCGCCCUGUUUGUUCGUGAAAAAAAUCCUAUCAUCAUGUCCAAGGUCAUUGACGCUACAAAAUCCGUUUUCAGGGGCAUAAAAAAUGGAGCCUCAAAAUUCACAGAGUCUGUUAUCGAAGGCUCGCGCAUAAUCCCAUCAAAAAAUAUGGAUCACAAAACACCACUCCGCAUCGAUGCCGGAAAGUACGACCCUAUCACGAAGAUGCUUAAUGUGGUAUUGCAAGUCAACUCCAAGCCACAAAGCCCCGGCCUCCAAGCCUGGCUUAAGAAAUUUUCCACCCACGCAAAGCUAGCCACGGCCAGAUUCAACACCGCAGCUCCUGAUAAAAAAGUUGAAUAUUAUCGUAUGUUGGAGGAAUUGGCGACAAACGGAAAGCACAACCUCAAGAACAUGAAGACAGCCGAUGACGAAUGA